AUGCAAGUCGAAGUCAACCCUAACGAGGAUACCGAAUGGAAUGACAUCCUCCGCAAACAUGGCGUUAUCCCCGAGAAGCCCCAAGAUCCCGAACCUCUCAUUCAAGAAGCCCUUGUCGAGGCAGAGCGCAAGGCAUAUGAAAAUAGACUAGAAGAUAAGGAUUUGGACGAGUUGGAUGCACUGGAAGAUGAAGAAGAUGAGGAUUUCCUCGAACAAUACCGUCAAAAACGAUUCGCGGAAUUGUCUACACUCCAGCAAACUAGUAUUCAUAACCAAGUAUACCCCCUACAAAAAGUCGAUUACGCGCGCGAGGUGACCGAAGCCUCGAACAAAUGCUUUGUGCUCGUUCAUCUGAGCUCUUCAGGCGCCAAUGUCGAAUCGCAACGGUUGACCGAAUUAUGGCGGCAAUUAGCGGCAAAGUUUGGUGACAUAAAGUUUUGUGAGAUUCGAGGCAACAUGUGCAUCGAAGGUUAUCCGGAAAGAAACACCCCCACUAUCUUGGUGUACAGAAAUGGCGAGAUCAUGAAACAGCUCAUAACCUUGCGGGAGAUGAAGGGGCCAAGGACUACUGUUGAAGAUCUGGAGAAGAUGCUCUUGGAAUUAGGUGCCGUCAAAGAAAGCGAUGUCCGUCUGAAGAAAAGGUCGGACUCUUCGGAAGAUGAACGCCCAUCCAAGCUGAAGUCCUCGAGGCCCACAGUGGAAGAUGACGACGAUGACUGGGAUUAA